ACCACCACCAUUGCGAGCUGAAGAUAGAAUAGAUGGACCAGCCUGGCAAGGGAUACACGACGGUGACGACGGCGCCGCCGAAGCGGCCGGCGGGGCGGACCAAGUUCAGCGAGACGCGGCACCCGGUGUACCACGGCGUGCGGCGCCGCGCGGGGCGGUGGGUGAGCGAGGUGCGCGAGCCCAACAAGAAGUCGCGCAUCUGGCUCGGCACCUUCGCCACCCCGGAGGCCGCCGCGCGCGCCCACGACGUGGCCGCCCUCGCCCUGCGCGGCCGCGGUGCCUGCCUCAACUUCGCCGACUCCGUGUCCCUGCUCGCCGUCGACCCCGCCACGCUCCGCACGCCCGAGGACAUCCGCACCGCCGCCAUCGCGCUCGCCGAGUCCGCGUGCCCCGCCGCGGCCCAGGCGUCCGCUUCAGAGUCCGCGCCGGCGAUGAUGACGAUGCAGGAGGCCGCGGCGGCGCCGUACGACGACGACUUGCAGUUCGUUGACAUGGACCAGCAUUCCUACUACUACGAUGGGAUGGGUGCUGGCGGCUACUGGAAUACAAAUGGGGACGACGAGGACGAUGACGACGGUGCCGGAGACAUCACGCUCUGGAGCUACUGAUCGAGCUGGUAAUGUUGAGCUUGCUCGAUCGAUUAGCUUGCACGUGCUGGUGCUGCUGCUGAGAAUUGAAGAAGAGAAGACGAACCAGAGUUGGUAGGGAAGAAAUAAUCCAUGCACGUACUAGGUGUAACGGCAUGCAAAAAGCCACGGCCCUGUUCUUAUUUUGAAUGAUCUGAUUAAUUUCAAAUGCCAGGAAGUUUUGUAACUUGUAGUGGAAAAAAGGCACCGUUUCUUCAAUUCAAUAGUAUGAAAAUACUCCCUCCGUAU